GUUCAGGUGAGCAGUCUGCUCGUCGGGGCGGCCCGCAGCGGCGGCUCCAGGGCCCAGCAUGCGCGCGGGCCCCCGCGGCCACCAUGUACGUGGGCUAUGUGCUGGACAAGGAUUCUCCGGUCUACCCCGGCCCCGCCAGGCCCGCGAGCCUCGGCCUGGGCCCGCAAGCCUACGGCCCCCCGCCUGCGCCCCCGGGGCCCCCGCAGUACCCCGACUUCACCAGCUAUUCUCACGUGGAGCCUGCCCCCGCACCCUCUGCGGCCUGGAGCGCGCCCUUCUCUGCGCCCAAGGACGACUGGGCCGCCGCCUAUGGCCCAGGCCCCACGGCCCCUGCCGCCAGCCCAGCCCCGCUGGCAUUCGGGCCCCCUCCAGACUUUAGCCCGGUGCCCGCGCCCCCUGGGCCUGGCCCAAGCCUCCUGGCGCAGCCGCUCGGCGGCCCGGGCGCACCGUGCUCACCCGGAGCGCAAAGGCGGACGCCCUACGAGUGGAUGCGGCGCAGCGUGGCGGCUGGAGGCGGCGGUGGCAGCGGGAAGACCCGGACCAAGGACAAGUACCGCGUGGUCUACACCGACCACCAGCGCCUGGAGCUGGAAAAGGAGUUCCACUAUAGCCGUUACAUCACCAUCCGGCGGAAGUCAGAGCUCGCUGCCAAUCUGGGGCUCACUGAGCGGCAGGUGAAGAUCUGGUUCCAGAACCGGCGGGCCAAGGAGCGCAAAGUGAACAAGAAGAAGCAGCAGCAGCCCCCCCCACCCCCCCCACCAGCCCACGAAGUCACCCCCACCGCAGCUGGGCCGCCCCUGGGGGGCCUGUGUCCCAGCUCUGCCAGCCUCUUGGGAGCCUCCUCCCCAAUGCCAGUUAAGGAGGAGUAUCUGCCGUAGCCCCCUGCCCAGCCUUGUGGGCUGGGGGCCUAGGGACUCAGGUGCUGGGCAUGUGGCUCCCGUUAAGGCCUAGGAGGCCUGGUCUGAGUCCCAGCCUUGCCACUAACCUUGGGUAACCUUGGACAAGUUGCCCACCCAGCCCUGCAUCCCCUUGACCCAUCUACGCCUGGAGCCUGUGGAAUAAGGGCCUUUCCAGCUCCUGUGUUCUAGGCCUCAGGGGGGAGGUCUCGAUCCCUAGAGGGCUAGGUGAGGGGCUGCGAUAAGUUCCCAGGCCCCACCUCCUCCUCCACGGAUGGGUUCAAGGGUGGGAGGCCGCUGGAGGGAUUGGACUGACUCAGGGGGAAGGAGCUAGAGCCGAGAGAAGACGGAAUGCUUGCAGCCCAUGACCUGAGGGGAAGGGAUGAGGUCAGCUCCCACCUGCCUCUUCCUGCAGCCUCACCUCCAGCUGUCCCCGUCACAAAUUACCCUGAUCCCUCUCUAGGCCGGAUGGAUGCAAAGCACAAAGCCCACAAGAGCGGGACAGAGCAAGAGGCUCUGAUGACUGUGUCCUCUGGGUUGCAGAGCCGUAUGCCCCACGAGCAUUCUCAGUGGGGCCCCCAGAUGGGGACAGGCAGAGGGAGCCGGGUGGGGGCGAGUCCACCUGCCUAGUUUCUACACUCCUAGGCUAUCCCUUAGGGCCCAGGCCCCAGGGAGUCCCCAGGGAACUUUCUCCAGACCAAGCAGAACUCACAGCUGGGCAAGUGUUGCACAUAGAGUGGAAUCUCUUGGAUGCAGCUUCAAGAAUAAAUUUUUUUUCUCUUUUCAAAAAAAAAAGUAUAAAAAUCAUUAUACCCAGCAUUAAAGGAAAAUGCUAAAGAAGUAUAAACCAUCCACACCCUUCCCUGACAAUUGCAUAGUCCCCUCCGGUCUCUGUAGGUCUCUAACAAGGUCACCUUUAAAACGUGUUUGAAAGAUCAAAAACAGGACAUUGUUAGAGUAAGUCUAUGAGACUACGUAAAACUGUAAAUCCAUUUUGUAAGCAGAUUCAUCAGACUCAAUAUAUCGGUUUUUUGAAUUUUUCAAGCACUUUCAGCUCACAUUUUUUACUCAACAGCUGAUAUUCAUUGGGCACCCCCAUGUGCCAGGCAUGGCCGAGCCCAGGGAAUGCACAGUCCUUGGCCCACAAAAGUUCCCAGUCGGAGCUCUGCUCUGGGCAUCAAAGGAACAGAGCCCAGAGUGGGCUCCCAGCUUAUGGCAGAAGGUCUGGAAGGCUUCCUGGAGGAGGUGAUGUUUGGAUUGAGGCCUAAAGAUCUAGUAGGUGCUGUCAGGCCAACCAAGGAGGAAUGGUAAAAAAGAAUAUGAACAAUAGGAAUUUAAAGUAUGAUGUUUUAAAACUCCUGAGAAAACUGUUCUCAGCUCCCUUCCAGAGGUGGGCAGGAGUCUGCCACCUGGGGCCUUUGCUCUCUCGAAGGUUCUGGUGCCAGCUGCCCGCCCCUCUGUUUACUGUUCUGGGAUGUGGCCCAGCCAUAAAAAAGCGUGUGUAGCCUGCCUGUCUGCCCUUUGCUCCUGGGACACAUGACAACAAGGCACAAGGUGGCUCCAGCCCCACACUAGCCCUUGAAGGCAGUAGGCACUUCCCUCUCUCCUCCUGCUGGUGGCCUGGGAGGCCCCACAACUUCCCCGCAGAUGGUGGGCAUCUAAGGCAUGGGAGCAAGAUGGUGCCAGGGAAAGAACUAUGGUUCCAAGGGCAGAGGAAGAGAGCUGGUGGGAGGGUAGUUGGCAGAGGGGAUACAGUUUUCUGAUUUUCACAAAUACUUGCUAUGUGACCCCGGCUUAACUGCUUCCCCUCUCUGGGCCUCAUUUCCCCAUCUGUAAAACUGAGGAGUUCAUUUACCAAAAAGAAAUAUGACUCAGGUCCAGUAAGUUUGGGAAGUCCUGCAGACUCAACUCUUCUGGGGGAGUCCCAGUGGUACAUUAACACAUCAAGGGCUCUGACAAGUCCCACAGCAAAGAAACCCCUUGGAUUUUCUUUAAUCCAGCAUUCUCCAUGCUUUGCUACCCAGGAGCCCCCUACUAGCACCCCAGUGAACACCACACACUCCGGAGUGUGGAGAUGCCGUGGGCUGGGGGGACUCAACGUUCAGCCCCAGGCUCCAGUGUCAGGCGGCCUGGCCUCCAGUUUACCGCCUCCCAGCUCUGAGACUUCAGGCAAGUCACUUAGCUUCUUUGAGCCUUGGCCUCCUCAUUUGUCAAAUGGAAAUAAAAUCCU